UCACUGAACCACUAGUGUGAUCUCUCCGCGAACUUCCUUAAAAAGGUCGCAUCUGUCACAAUCUAUACUUGUGACAAUAUAGCUGGAAGUCCUUCCCCUACUUAGCUACUUCCCUUGCAUAUCUUAAACCAAAUUCUGUAUGAGAAGAACAAAAAACAACAUGACAAUGCCUACUUCCCUAUUUCUCCGGCCCCUUCUCUUCUAUCUCGUCGCCUCUAUCUCCUUCACAAACGGGGCACAACUGAUUCUGGUGAACAAUUGUAAUGAAAGUAUAUGGCCCGGAAUACUUGGGGGUGGAGGGCAGAAGACCCCAAAAGAUGGUGGAUUCCAUCUUGGUAGUGGGGAGGAAGUUGUCGUUGACGUGGCUGAGAAAUGGUCAGGAAGGAUCUGGGGCAGACAAGGUUGUAGAUUCGACAACAAUGGAAAAGGCUCAUGCGACACUGGAGAUUGUUCAGGCAAACUACAUUGCCAAGGAACAGGAGGUGUGCCGCCAGCAACAGUAGUCGAGAUGACACUCGGCACCUCCACUUCUCCCUUGCAUUACUAUGAUGUGAGCUUGGUCGAUGGCUUCAAUUUGCCUGUUUCGAUGAAACCAGUUGGGGGUGGCAUUGGGUGUGGUAUUGCAUCGUGCGAGGUGGAUUUGAACAUUUGCUGCCCAUCUGCUUUGGAAAUGAAGGUAGGAGGCAAGGUGGUCGGGUGCAAGAGUGCCUGCUUGGCCAUGCAAUCUGCAAAGUAUUGCUGCACAGGGGACUAUUCCAACCCAAAGAACUGCAAGCCCACCCUUUUUGCAAAUCUCUUUAAGGCUAUUUGCCCCAAAGCUUAUAGCUAUGCUUUUGAUGACUCUACCAGUCUUAACAAAUGCAGGGCCACAAGGUAUGUCGUCACUUUCUGCCCUCCCAAGUGAGAGGACCAAGUUAAGGUUUGCUGUCAUUCAAGUUCUACAAGGAUGUUGAAUGUGGUGCCAAUUUAGUAGUAUUUUGGAAUAUUCUUAGAUCAUGAUUAUAAUUGAAAACCAAGAGCUUCUUUUGGCUUGGGAAUGUAUUUAGAUUUGCAGUUUAUAUUAAUGUUUGUUUAGUUAUACGUUGUAUUGUCUGGUAAUAAUUAAGUUGUGUUUUGGUAAUGUACUUAAAUGUUAGACAUAGAAGUACUCUAUAUAUCCCAUGCGAAGAAUAAUUAUAGAAAUUAAGUUGAGUACUA